GUAAAUUAAUUAGUAACCUUUUGAGAUGUUGCAAUCCUUAACAGAACAUUGGCGAAUUCUGUCCCUGGAGAUCAGAGAUACACAUGUGAACAGAACGGGCCGAUGCUUCAGUGGAAAAACCUGCAUUAGAAUCGAAUGCUACAGACAUGGAGGGGUCCAGUGACAAGCUUUUCUGCUGCAGGUGGGUGCGCCACAGGGUUCCCCUGGCCCACAGAGAGGAACUCUACCACAUCCUGAGGAUGACAGGGCCUCUGCUGCUGUCUCGAAUCCUCAAUUACCUGCUUCCAUUUGUGGUUACGAUGUUCUGUGGGCGUCUGGGAAACGAAGUGAUGGCUGGCUAUGGAUUAGCUUCUGCUACCAUUAAUGUUACCACUGCAGCAACAGGUUGUGGUCUGGGACUGGCAUGUGAUACUUUGGUGUCUCAGACAUUUGGUGGUAGGAACCUGCUGCGGGUGGGAGUGAUCCUUCAGCGGGGCAUCAUCAUCCUGCUGUUGUUCUGUCUGCCCUGCUGGGGCCUUCUCAUUAAUGCUCAGGCCAUACUGUUAUGCCUGGGCCAGGACCCUGAGGUGACCAGAAUAGCCCAGCUGUAUAUUACAUCCUUUCUUCCAGCUGUUCCAGCAAUGUUUUUACACCAGCUUCAGGUGACUUAUCUGCAGAACCAGGGUAUAAUACUGCCACAAAUGUACACUGCUGCCAUGGCAAACAUAGCAAAUGUGCUGACAAACUACAUCUUUCUUUACUGGCUGGAUCUGGGUGUUAGUGGGUCUGCAGCAGCCAAUACUCUGUCUCAGGUUUACAUCUGUGCUUUUCUGUUUGCUUACAUUUGGUGGAAGAGGCUCCAUGUAACAACAUGGGGAGGCUGGUCUAUAGAAUCACUGCAGGAGUGGGGCUCCUACAUGAAACUGGCCAUUCCCAGUACAUUAAUGACUUGUUUCGAGUGGUGGGUUUAUGAGUUUGGGGGAUUCUUUGCAGGAAUGCUGAGUGAAGAUGAGCUGGCAGCCCAACAUGCUGUGAUAAUGGUGGCUUUCAUAACCUACAUGUUCCCUCUUGGUAUUCAAGCUGCAGCAUGUGCCCGUGUGGGAAAUGCUCUCGGUGCAGGAGACACUGCCAGGGCGAUCCUCACCAGCAAGAUGUCACUUGCUCUUGCAGGUAGCUUUGCAGUUGUUGAAGGUAUUGUGCUUGGCUCCACUAAAACAGUGAUUGGCUUCAUCUUCACCUCCGAUGAGAAGAUCAUAGGUCUGGUCUCCCAUUUGAUGAAUGCUUACUGUUUCCUUCAGUUCUUUGAUGGUCUUGUGUGUGUGUGCACGGGCAUCUUCUUGGGAACAGGCAAACAGAAGAUACCAGCUGUGGCUAAUCUCAUUGGAUACUACUGCAUAGGACUGUCACUCAGCGUUACUUUAAUGUUUGUCGCAAAACUGAGAGUUUUAGGCUUUUGGCUGGGACUGCUCAUUUGUGUCGUCUUACAGUCCACCUUCUAUAUCAUUGUCAUCAUCUUCAAGCUCAACUGGAAGAGAAUGACAGAGGAGGCUGUAAAACGAGCUCAGAAAAAGACACAGAUGACAUUGUUAGGCACAGCUGACCAGACAGCAAAUAAUGGGAGUUCAGUGGAUGGCUACACGUCUGUGAGCACUGACUGCCAUGAUGGGACCACGGAGACACAGAGUGAAAAUGUGGUCCAGCAGCUGAAGGGUGGCCCUCUCUCCACCACCCAGCUGAUCCUCAGACGGGGCCUUACUAUGUUUGCAGCAGUUGCUCUUCUGGUUGUGGGAGCAAGUGUGCACUUCCUCGUGCCCUUGCCACAGACUCUGCCUUCAGAGGCCAACUUUACUUUGGACUGGAUCAAUAGUACUGAUCAAAUUUUCUCCACUGUGCUUGUAGAAGUGUCUGGGUAACCUUGAGAGCUCUGAUCAUAAAAUCAUUGUUUGUGCUCAAUGCCAGAAAAACAUUGAAUUUUAGACUCUUGUGGACUCAUUAUCUUUGACAGAAAGUGGCACAACACAGGCAUGUUUGAUUUAAAAAAAUAAAGUAAAUUAAUGGUGGGGGUAAUAUUUUGCUUUUAGAGGUUAAUUCAUUGUUUGAUAAAUUCCCCACUUGUAAUUGAAAAGACAGCAUUGGUGUUUUUAGAAAGACCAAAGACAAGGUAAACCACUUGAAUACAAGGCAGGGUGGACCAAUUAUUUGUCCUUGUACUACUAUAUUCAUGUAUGUCAAAUUCACAUACUUCAGGUCAAUGU